GUUGCUUUACAUUUCCUCAAUCUCAAUAUAAAAUUAAGAUGUCAACUUUAAUCGUGCUCUUUCCAGUAUGACAAUUUUGUAAGCGAUAAUUUAUUCAUUUGUUAUAAUAAUUAUGUGACUUUCAUUUAUUCUAAGGUAUAUUACGUAAUUACUGCAUGUACAGUAUAUCAACCCUAUACAGUAUUUUUUUUAUUUGGCUCAUGCCAUUAUACAGUGUUUCUCUUGUGGCAGAGGGACUGAGUAUGCCAUAUUGACAAACACUUCUUUGCAUUGGCCAAGUUUUGAUUUAUUGCCAGUCACCCAGUUGGUCCUGCUCCUUCUUGCCUGGGAGGACUUAACCUUUGCUGUCAACUGAAACAAAUAUUAACUUUUAAGCUUGUGAAUAAUGUGAAUUAAUACAUUUUAAUCCUACUCUUAAGUAUGUCAGAUGUGAGCUGUGAAGUUUUAGAACGAAGCGAUCUGUUUGUGGCUGCAAUGCAGAUUAUCUCAAUUCUAGCAUAUAAUUUAUGUUUACAUAUCAGGUUGCAAGAUGCGCUGGUUGCAGAUGAAAAAAAUCCACAGAAUCAUGGUUGUUGUUUUUUUCAGAUAUUCACAUCCAAGUUUAUACAAUAACUGUUGUCUCAUAUACUGUAGUAGAACUCUGGCCCUCAGUGAGUACUUUGUAAGUACAUCAGGAAAUAAAAACAAUAAUUGCUUUAAAAUGGAAACCCCAGCUUGUGCUCUAACCCAGGUGCUGGAGCUAGAGGAUGCCCAGGCCAAGGCACGCAGGCUGAGUAAUGAGGGUGUAACUCUUGCGGAGGCUGAGCGAUGGUGGGCAGCCAUUGGGAGAUGGAACUCCGCUCUUGCACUCACCCCAGAUGACCACACCAUCCAUGAGAUGCUGGCCCAGGCAUACAUGCAGGUUGGUGAAGUGCUCCCUGCUCUCAAUGCAGCUGAGGCAGCAGUUAAGCUGUGUCCCAACUGGUGGGUGGGGCUGCAGACCCUGGGCCGAGCACAGCUUGGUUUAGGUGAAGUGGACUUGGCAGUUAAGACCUUCUCCCGGGCCGUCCAUAUUCGUCCAGACCAACAGGAGCUGUGGAGGGAAGACCUUCAGUGGGCUGUUGGUCUGCUAAAGAAGUAUCAGGAGAUGAAUGCCGAGAGGGAGAAACAAAUUGCUGCUGCCAAAGAGAGUGGGACAGAAGUACCAGAGCUCCCUGUACCACCAGUGGAGGGGUCCAUCAGAGAGCGGUCCAUCCAGAUGUACCAGAUCCAGAAGCAGCGGGAGGCAGCUGAGGCAGGCAAUCCAACAGUGAUGGAGCGUGGCAAGACCAUUGACCCGUCCAAGGUGGUGCGUAUGAGGGUCACUUAGGUGUAUGGCCAUUGUGUGCCACCAAUAAGAGCUUUAAUACUUUUAUGUAACGUGUGUGUUAUAUGUACAAAACUCUGUGUGUGUGUGUGUGUGUGUGUGUGUGUGUGUGUGUAAUGAAUGAUGAAAGUACCUUUAAGUCACUCUAUGCAAGUUGUUAUUAUUUAAUUAACAUUAAUAUCUCUAAGACAAAAGUAAAAGGCUAAUUAUUAUUGUCUUGAAACAAAGAAUUUUGAUAUACAGUAUUUAGCUGUGUUUCCUUAAAAGAUGAAAAUAAUUUUAUAUGUAUUUCUCUAUUCUUAUAACUAACUUAUUACAUUUGUUGAAAAAACAAGCUUUAUAUACACAGUGGGGACUCAAUACUCGAACACCUAAAUACUUGAACACAAGAGUUUGAUUUAAUACUCAAAAAAAUACCUGAUAGUCGAACAUCUACACACGUGGUUGUAAACAAAGGUUCCCUGGUGUUCCCAUUCCCUCUCCGCCAGUUGUGACUUGUGCUGCCAUGGUCAUCAGAAUAACAUUGUCCUGUAUUCUAUCUGUAGUUUUUCAUUUAUAAACUUACAUUAACACCAAAGGCUUAUUAGUGGUGAAAAUAUCUUAUAAUAAAACGGCCGCACAUUUGGUUGUA